AGCACCAAUUAUAAUGUGUGUGCCGCUCUAAGUGAGUACAGCCGUCUCUCUGUGACACUACAGUACCAGAGGGAAAACGAUUCCCUGCACACAAACCUCACUCUACUAGUGAUGAUUGCUGAGAAACUCCUAAUAGACACCUGUGAAUAUACUGCUGAAGCAAGCUCCUCUAUCAACUGCAGCAGCAUUUCCUCCAUCUCACAACACUGCCUCUACUCCAUUAAUGUGGAUCCUUGU